AUGGCUUCAAGGCCGCGACUCGAAACGAUAAAGCUCGACGACCUAGUCGAGCCCAUCAGGCCUUCCCGCCGUCUUUCCCGGCCGUGGCUCAACCGCCAAGACACGAAGAACAAUGGCGAGUGGCACAACAUCGAAGUCGUUGGGGCCGCGGACGAGUGGCCCAAGUACUCCAAGGUUGAGGAGACUUCUGGAUAUGCAUCUCCCGUGACGGCGACGGAUUCCCCACGGAAUCCUCAGUCCAACUUCCUGCACCCUCCGACACCCGAGGCCGCGAACUUCGAGUUCACGCGGAGGGAGACCGAGCGCGGCGACACCAUCUCCGUCACUGCCAGGUCGCAAACCGGCAAAUCCAGCCGGUUCGUCUGGUGGACUUUUGCUCUGUGGCUAUUGGGGGCGCUAAUGUUGACGUUGACGACCGUGUACUCGACCGGCUCGGCCAAGAGCUUGAUGCGCCAGCACUUCUUCGUCGCCUCUUCAGGCAACUCGAUCCUGGUCCUGCGUGUCUUGACGGAACUCUGCGCCAUCAGCUUGGCUGCUCUCGUCGUGGUUGUAGUGGAAGACUUGCAGUGGGCGCUGGCAUCUCGUCCGGGCGGCGUGAGCUUGCUGCACUUUGUCGGACUUGACUCCGGCACUGGCGUGUGGGGAUUGUUGCGUCUGCUGGCGACGGCUGACUGGAGGGAAAAGUACUCGAGUUUGUUCCGUGUUCUGACUUUGGGUAGUCUGCUGGUGAUUUGCUCCAUUCCUCUGCCUGGUAUUAUUCUAAUGGGUGCCAUCUCCAUUGAAAUGGUUACCUUUCCGGAGACGACGUACCCGGUGUCGGCUGGCAUUGCCCCUUUCAAUGCCUCUUACAUCUACGAGAUCAAGCAGUUUACCGCCACCGCUCUGUUGGUGCAAAUGGGUAGUCCGGCCUGGUCUGACAGGGAGUCCUACUCCAUGGACCCCUUGGGCAGUGACGCAGGAAGAUGUACCGCCGCAAAUGGUAAAUGGAUUCCAUGUGAAGAGUCGCAUCUGCUCACUGGCGGUGUCGUCUCCAUUGCUCCCCAGUCAGACGACUUGCGGCAAUGUCCGGAUUCUACAUCCUAUGUCGUCCCCAAGACGCGAGUCGUACAACUUGAAUACGGCAAAGUUCACGACCUCGAAGGCCUUCGUACAAAGGGCAAAUGCUUCCUUCUCGGCUCCGCCAAUGCCGCCUCGUACUGGUGCACUGCUCUUGGCGAGCGGAAUGGACUGUUGUUCGGCUCCGCAUACUGCCCGAUCUCACUACAGAUCAAGGGAACUUGCCUUAACGAGACAGAUUGGGCGAACAACCUGUCACUGUCAACGUCGCUCUUCGUGUAUGCACGUUCAGCAACCAUCACCUAUGACCGAGGCAACUUCUCCAUCCUCUCCGUGACUGACAUGUCCCCACCAGUGCAGGAGCUCGUCAGUCUUGAAGAAUACAUGCUCUCGCUUUCCGCAGUGGUCCCGGGCUUCAACAAGACCAAUGAAGCGACGAAAGGUGACAAUUCGGCACUCGCCAUCUAUGCCGUCACCGCAUUACCGAUCAACGACAGCGAGGUGGCCAAGAAGCAGUCCCUGAGGGCCAUCCGGAAGGCCAUGGCGGUGCCGUUCAGCUACUUUCACGCAAAUUACUUCACCAAAGGACCCUCGAUCUGGGAGCUCAAAGAGCCCCGCCCGGGUUUGACGCCCGACAUGUAUACGAAUCUCUCCAUAUCUAUCCUCAGCCACCAAGUCGUCGCAGGUAGAAUCAGUAGGUGGAUGUUCGUGGUCGUGAGCGGAACAAUUCUCAUUAUAUCGGCUGCCAUAAUCAUAGUAACGUCGAGGGUGUGUGGCAAGAGGCCACAGAGGUGCGGCUACCCGACGCUCGACUUCGCCGCCGUGUGUGCAGUGAAGGGGGGAAUACAGCCCUCCCAGGCGGAUUGGGGAGACAGACAACCACCGCCUACUAAUCAGCCAGACCAUGCGACCGGAUUGCAUCGGAGUCUGACACAGUUGGGGCAGCAGCCAAAACCGUUUGGCGUUGCGAAGAAUAUUAAAAAUGAACGGGUUAUAAUAACGUAG